AGAAAGAGCGCUCGUGUAAUGUUUGUGUAUCCUUUCUUUCUUGCGUGUUUCAUUGAGUGUAAACAGAGUCUUGUCUCUGUUUAUUUUAGCGUUGAGACGUUGAUGAUGAGAUGUUCUGUAAAUCAGUAGGAACUGAUCUGUCCAUGCUGGAUAUAUUGAUGAUUUCAUCACAGAAAUCUCUCGGCUGAAGAAAGAGGUGGCGUUACUGGAGACAAAGCGGAGGUUAAGAGGAGAUUUAGCAAUGAAACGAGAGGAUGUGGAUUGUUGUGAAUCUUCAGUGUAUGUGACUGAUGAUGGGAGUCUGGAUUCAGUGUGGAUGAGCAGAGAUCAGAGCCGCACACCACAGACACUGCUGGACUCUAAACUCUCUGAAGAGAAAUCCAGACACACACAGGACUCCGAUCUCAGUCUAACUUUACUCUGUUAUACUGAGUCAAAGCCCACAGACACUCAGGACACUACAGUGUGUGACAGUAAACAGAGCUUACAGGAGGAUCAAACCUCCACAGAGUCUCUGGAUUCUGUCUGUAACGCUGGAGAACAGCAGCAGAUCCUGCAGACCAAACUGAAGAUGUGUUCAGUUAAACUCAUCGACUGCAUGAACCUCAUGAUGAAGAUUAAAACUGAACCCACAGAAAUGAAAACUGAACCCACAGAAAUGAAAACUGAACCCACAGAAAUGAAAACUGAACCCACAGAAAUGAAAACUGAACCCACAGAAAUGAAAACUGAACCCACAGAAAUGAAAACUGAACCCACAGAAAUGAAAACUGAACCCACAGAAAUGAAAACUGAACCCACAGAAAUGAAAACUGAACCCACAGAAAUCAAAACUGAACCCACAGAAAUCAAAACUGAACCCACAGAAAUCAAAACUGAACCCACAGAAAUCAAAACUGACCCCACAGAAGAGGAAGAUCGCACUGAUGAAGAUGAUGAUUUUAUUCCAUCAGAUGUGAAGAGUGAUUCAUGUUUGGAUAUAGAAAUAACUUCCUCAACAUCAAAAGAGCGACUGACAGCACAAACUCUUUCCUGCAUCACCUGGGGAAAGACAUUAAGCUCACAGAGACAUUUAGAGAGACAUGAGAGAAAACACACAGAACAGAAACUCUUCACCAGAUCUGAGAUCAGCUUUACUACCUUACAAGAGAAGAAACUUCAUUCAGAAGACCACAAAGAGAAGAAGAAGAAGCAGUUUCAAUGUGAGCAGUGUGGGAGGAUUUUUGUCUCUUCCUCUAAACUAAAUAUUCACAUGAGGACACACAGCGGUGAAAAGCCUUUCAACUGCACUGAAUGUGGAAAAUACUUCAGAACCAAAGACAAUCUUAAAGUUCAUCAAAGAGUUCAUACUGGAGAAAAACCUUACGAGUGUCCUCACUGUGAGAAGAGAUUUAGUGCUAAACGUGUUCUGAAGACACAUGUGCUUUUACACACCAAUGAGAGACCGUAUCAGUGCAGUGAAUGUGACAAAACCUUUACGGAUUCAGGUUCAUUAAAAAAACACCAGAAUAUUCACUUUAAAGAGAAACUCUAUCAGUGUUCACACUGUGAUAAACGUUUUUCUCAUAACUAUAAGCUGAUGGUCCAUCUAAGAGUUCAUACAGGAGAAAAACCUUACGAGUGUCCUCACUGUGAGAAGAGAUUUAGCUCUAAACGUGUUCUGAAGACACAUGUGCUUUUACACACCAAUGAGAGACCGUAUCAGUGCAGUGAAUGUGACAAAACCUUUAGGGAUUCAAGUUCAUUAAAAAAGCACCAGACUAUUCACUUUAAAGAGAAACUCUAUCAGUGUUCACACUGUGAUAAAUGUUUCUGUAAUAAAUAUUAUCUGAUGGUCCAUCAGAGAGUUCACACUGGAGAGAAACCUUAUCACUCUAUUGUCUGUGGGAAGAGUUUUAGUCUAAAGCAUACCUUACUAAGUCACAAGAGAAUUCAUACAGGUGAAAAACCUUUCAAAUGCUCUCAGUGUGACAAGACGUUUACUUAUUCGUCUAACUUAAAAGCCCAUCAGAGAGUUCAUACUGGAGAGAAACCUCAUCACUGUAGUCUCUGUGGGAAGAGUUUCAGUCAACAGACUUCAUUACUAAAGCACCAGAGAAUUCAUACAGGUGAAAAACCUUUCAAAUGCUCUCAGUGUGACAAGACGUUUACUUAUUCGUCUAACUUAAAAGCCCAUCAGAGAAUUCAUACUGGAGAGAAACCUCAUCACUGUAGUGUCUGUGGAAAGAGCUUCUCUAGGUCAACUCAAUUGAGAGAUCAUCAAACAGUUCAUACUGGAGAGAAACUUCAUCACUGUAGUGUCUGUGGAAAGAGCUUCUCUAGGUCAACUCAAUUAAGAGUUCAUCAAAUAGUUCAUACUAGAGAGAAACUUCAUCACUGUAGUCUCUGUGGAAAGAGCUUUUCUAGGUCAUCUCAAUUAAGAUUUCAUCAAAGUGUUCAUACUGGAGAUAAACCUUAUCACUGUAGUGUCUGUGGGAAGAGUUUUACUGCAAAGGGUACCUUACUAUGUCACAAGAGAAUUCAUACAGGUGAAAAACCUUUCAAAUGCUCUCAGUGUGACAAGACGUUUGCUUAUUCAGGUCACUUCAAAGCCCAUCAGAGAGUUCAUACUGGAGAGAAACCUUAUUACUGUGUCUGUGGGAAGAGCUUCUCUAAUUCAUCUCAAUUAAGAGAUCAUCAAACAGUUCAUACUGGAGAGAAACCUCAUCACUGUAGUCUCUGUGGGAAGAGUUUUAGUAACCAGUCAAACUUAAUAAAUCACAAGAGAAUUCAUACAGGUGAAAAACCUUACAAAUGCUCUCAGUGUGACAAGGCGUUUGCUUCUUCAAGUCACUUCAAAGCCCAUCAGAGAGUUCACGCUGGACAGAACCUUUAACUCUUUCCCUGCCAGCAUUUAAAAAAAAAGUUUCCAGCCAGCGCCAGCAUUUUUUUAUGAUUUUCACCAAAGUUUAAUGUCUUCCAGAAAACAUACAAUAUAUCAAAUAAAGAAAUAGACCCUCUGCUUUCAAUUAAAAAAAGACGUUUCAUCCUACCUUCAUUGGUUCUCUUUUAUCACCUGUCAAAUAUGGGUAGGUUUCUUGAAAAACACCAAGGACUUUUGAUGGAGAUCCGAUUCAGAACAAUCCUCAAAAACAUACACGGACAUACAGCUGUUUGCACUAGGGCAAUACUUCUGAGUUGUAUAAAUUGCGGCAGAGCACCACCUGGUGGAUAAUAGGGGUAUUUUGGAAAGCAGGAAUUACUUGUCAUUGGCAGGGAAGCGUUUUUUUUUCCACUACAGCAGUGGUGGAAAACCGGAACGUGGAUAAUAGACUGAAGAUACAAGCAUCUAAAUUGCUAACAAAUCGUCAGUGUCAUUGCUCGAGGCAGAAGUUGAACAUUUCUCAACUUUUCAAGCAGCAAUGCGUGUGUCAGCCCAUCAGAUCGCCUUAUGCAAAUAACCUAGGCAGAGCCAGCCAAUUACGUUCAUGGAAGACUGGAUCAUGUGUUGCGGCCACUGUGAUUGGCUGUUGGCCACGCUUCAGACAAGCCUUCCGUCAAGCGUUAACACUUUCACCCCGUGUGAAUGACAGUUAGGCUGUAACUUGUAUGAAUGCAGGUAAAGGCGGCAAUGUGAUAAACAUUGCAUCUACUUUGACGUAGGACCUAUGAUGUCAUAUGACAGUGUAGUAGUUGUGUCCCAUUACUUAGGGGAAUAUUUUUAACCCUUCCCCUUUUCACACCGUUUUAAGAGACAAGGCUAAUGGGCGGCAGUAGCUCAGUGGUUCAUGUAGGUUGUCUACAAAUCAGAAGGUUGGUGGUUCAAUCCCCGGCUCCACCUAACCAAGUGUCGAGGUGUCCUUGAGCAAGACGCCUAACCCCAGCUGCUUCCAACGAGCUGGAUGGCGCCUUGCAUGGCUGACACCGCUGUCGGUGUAUGAAUGUGUGAGUGAAUGUGAGGUAAAUUGUAAAGCGCUUUGGGUGGCCAUUGGUCUAUGAAAGCGCUAUGAAUGCAGUCCAUUUACCAUUUAAGAGACAAGGCUAAGGGUUAAGGCGUAUAAAAUAGAAUUGGGCCUAAUAAUCUAUGGGGGGUUAUCCGUGUAUGGCGGUUAAAAUGUACAAAUAAUAAACAUCCGAACGACAGCUAAUCAAAUGCACCUAGCAGCGUGUUUUUGUUUAGGAUAAGAUUAUAAAGGAGCAUGUGACGCUCCAUUCUAUGCUGGUGAGUGAUCUCAGCUUCAGAGUGGAUAUUUUAAAAGCUCCCUGAUCUCUACAUUUCUCAUUGUGAUUGUUAAUGUGCAUUUAAAAACCCUGUUUUGAGGAGCUAAACAAUAUAUUUUGUUGCAAUGACGCGCAGGCAUUUUUGUUUAUUACAAGCUCUGUAACAACUGAGCCAGAUCAGACACGCAAUAACUUAUUGUAUUUCAUAAAUAUAACUGCAGACCGUCACCCAACAAGCAGGUCCGUAACACUACCCCCAAAACUGCUUUUAACACUUCAAAGCAGAACAGACCUCUCGUGACUAUGGCAACACAUCAAGAUAACGAGUUUUACGACCACAAAAGAAUGUGGGAGAUUUUGGGACAGACAUAAAGAACUCAAGAACGCAUAUUGAGAAACAAGAGCCGUUUCUCAAUGUCAAGGAAGGAUCCUCGAAAUCCAGAAUUUCGAGGAUGCUACGUCACUGGUCGAAGGACUGUUCCAAUUAGAGGUCGACCGAUAUGGCUUUUUCUCUGGCCGAUGCCGAUAUUUAGAAAUCAGGGCAGCCGAUGGCCGAUAUGUUUGGCCGAUUUUUUUGUACAUAAUAAUCAAAAUGUUCUCAUCAUUAGCAGAUAUUUUAAAUGUAAAAAUGUCACUAUUUAAGUCAAAGUAUUUAAAAAAAUUAUGACUGGUCUUUCUGAAGAGUUUUACAACCUCCUCUGCACCAUGCAUUUAUCAGACAAAGAUAUUAUCUGACACUCUGCUGUCAUCAUCUUUAAUUAGUUUUUUACCAUGGCUUUUACUGCUUUGUAGGAUAAAAUCCUUAUUUGGUAGACCUGAUAAAUUAUUUAUUCAUCAUAAAGUUAACAUAGUAAAUGUCUGUUUUUUUAGUUGAGACUGUUAUUUAGGGCAAAUCUUUCUAAACACAUUUACAUUCUCAUAUCUGAGAGGCUAUAAGUGACUGAUUGUGCUGAUAGUGACGUCUUGUGAGUUUAGUGUUGGGACAGAUCUGUUGUUUUAACCGUUCAUUCAAACAAAUACGUUCAAAGGAGUCAGUUUGCGAAUCGGACGCAUUGCGUUGUAAUCCAGGCUGAGCAGCGCAAAACUGUAAACAAAGUGUUACUGUAACAACACAAAAAACAUUUCCUCUGUGGAUAUGAUUUGGUCUUCCGACCUUUCGCCAUCGACUCAGUUUUGUUUUGAGUAAAAAAAGCAGGGAGACAGUUUAAAGACGCGCCUGCUUAUUAAUUGGCCUAAUUUUGCAGCAAAAUCGGCCAAAGUCGAUUUUUUAAAAUAUGCCAAAAUUUCAGCCAAGGACUGAGUCCUUCAUUCGAGAAAUAUCCCAUAUACAGGAAAGCAUAGGUGGCAGUUUCCCAAUGUCAAGGAUACUUCCUUGGCAGGACUAGUCCUUACAAGUCACUUCCUUCAGAGGCUAGACGAGGCUCCUCUUAAGCAUUCGGAGAACACGUAAAUGGAACAGACUACCAAGUGCUCGUCAUUGCGUCAAUGAAAGGUGUGCUGCGCGCAUAGGAUUGUGGGUGAUUUCAGCGCGCAAAGGAUACACAUUCGCAUCCUUUCCUGUAUAUGGGAUAUUUCUCGAACGAAGGACUCAGUCCUUGGCUAAAAUUCCGAGGAUCCUCAACAUUGGAACAGUCCUUCGACUGACGUCGAUGACGUAGCAUCCUCGAAAUUCUGGCUUCCGAGGAUCCUUCCUUGACAUUGAGAAACGGCCUGUGUAUCCUUUGCGUGCUGAAUUACCCACAAUCCUAUGCGCGCAGCGCCAAGCACACCUUAUGACGUGCACUUGCAAGCCUGUUCCAUUUACGUGUUCUCCGAAUGCUUAAAGGAGCGGUGAAUCAAAUACUCAAUUUUAAUUUGAUAAUUAGUUAUAUAAGAGGUCAUCAUAGUUAAA